AGUGUUCUAUGGUUUUAGCUAUGAUGAUCGAUGAUCCUGAAUUCAAAAUUAUUUUUAGAGAAAAUUAUUCCUGAUUUUCCGCUAGCUUAUUUCAAGUUGCUCCAUAGGAUUAAUCAAUUCUCAAGAGUGAAAAAGUUUUAGGAAAAAAUAUAUUCAUUUUGCAAAGCUGAUAGGUACGGUCCGCGUUCAAAUAAUUUCAAAAAUGAGUACGGUUCAAACGUUUGGAAUAGGAAAACCUACAAGAAGAGGAAUCAGAAAAUGUGAGAAAUGUGGAGUCCAUAAUGGAACCAAAAGUAUUUUUUGUAAAAAUAAAGAUUGUGAUAUGAUGUUCAAGGAUUAUACAGAAAAAAAGAAAUCUAUUUCUGAUGCAGUUCAACUAAUUACGUUAAACAUGCGUAAACUUUACUCCGUUAGAAUUGCAGAACAUUGUACAGAUCAAAGAGGCUUUGUCCAACUGCCUUUGAACCACUCAUUGAAUAUUAACAACAAACGGUUUAAUGAGGUGGCAUUAUGUUUUGUUGAUAAUUGCCCUCGACUUCUUCAAAAUUCUUUCUCCACUUCAAUUCAUUCGUGUCAACACAUCAUUGCAUCUGGGAAGAGUCACACUAUUGCUUCAGCUUUGCCCAUAAAAUUACACUCAAUUUUGAAGCUUAAGGUUCCAAAAGAAAUUCAAGAGAAACUAUGGAUUUUAGUUAAUGACACCGAUAUACCUUUAGUUCAGAAGGUUUCAAAAACCGUAAUGGCUAUAAGAUGUCAAGUCACACCUAAACAUCCUCUUGGAUAUCUGCAUCUUACGUUCAGUGGGGACAUGAAUGAUAAGAGGUGCGAUAAAUAUAUAUGCGACUGUUCAAAAACUUCUCAUAGCUACAAAUGCAUACACUAUUAUCUAUGCAUCUGUGCUUUAGCAAGUGACCCCAAAUAUGCACAGGAAUUCAAGAGUUUCAUUAACUUUGAGCUAGAAAAAGAUGAAACUACAAACAUAGCAAGUCCAAAACUUGAUCAUGACUGUGGUACAUUAGUCAGUGCAAAAGUCAAUCAAAAUGCUUGUGUUGAAACAGUCAUCAAUUCCACACGAAGUAAAAAGAAAAAACUUCAAGGUGCCAGAAACCCAAUAGUUCACAGAAAAAUCUGGCCUAAAAUAUACCCGAUACAAAUAAAUAUAAUGAAUAACAGCAAAGAAAGUCAUCAGGAUGACAAUAAUCCAACGUGGUCUUUCGAUAAUUGGCUGUCUUUUGUUGUUGAGUCUAUGAAUAAAUUGAUAACAUUUGAAAAUGCUGGUAUCAUGAAUACUUUGGUAUAUAAUAUUCCAUGGGAUUUUUAUAAGACUUUCAGAAAAAGGAUACCCUCGAUGUAUAUUUCACAAGGUCAAGAGAUGUUGAACUAUGAAUUGUUGCAUAUCAUGAAUAUUGGACAUGUUAAAGAAAUAUUCUGGAAUUCUAAAGUGAAACUCAAGGUAUCCAAGAGAUUCAUUCUAUCAGAUAAUUCGGUUUACAGGGAAAUAGACGAGAACGAAGAAUUAUCAGAUGAAAUGAUGCCUCAUUUCAUUUACUUCCUUAAUGUGGGUCAGCUGACAGUGGACGACAGUGAUAAUACAAAUAAUUCAUUCGUCAUUGAAUGGAUGCAGACAUUCGAAAGAAUAGGGGUUGGACAACUCAAAUUGCAGUUCAAGUAUGGACGUAAAUGCCUUUGAAACAUAUAAUUCUUGUGUUAAAUGUGAGAAAAUAAUUACAAAACUAAAUCUUU